AUGCCGGCGCCCGGCCGGGGCCCCCGCGGGCCGCCGCUGACCAUGCCCGGGCGCCGGGGGGCGCUGCGCGAGCCGGCUGGCUGCGGCUCCUGCCUGGGGGCGGCGCUGGCCCUGCUGCUGCUGCUGCUGCCGGCCGGCUGCCCCGUGCGGGCGCAGAACGACACGGAGCCCAUUGUGCUGGAGGGCAAGUGCCUCGUGGUGUGCGAUUCGAGUCCGUCGGCGGACGGCGCGGUCACCUCCUCCCUGGGCAUCUCCGUGCGCUCCGGCAGCGCCAAGGUGGCCUUCUCCGCCACGCGGAGCACCAACCACGAGCCGUCCGAGAUGAGCAACCGCACCAUGACCAUCUACUUCGACCAGGUAUUAGUAAAUAUUGGCAACCAUUUCGAUCUUGCCUCCAGUAUAUUUGUAGCACCGAGAAAAGGGAUUUAUAGCUUCAGCUUCCACGUGGUCAAAGUGUACAACAGACAGACCAUCCAGGUCAGUCUAAUGCAGAACGGCUACCCGGUGAUCUCAGCCUUUGCAGGAGACCAGGAUGUGACCAGAGAAGCUGCCAGCAACGGUGUCCUACUGCUGAUGGAAAGGGAGGACAAAGUGCAUCUCAAACUGGAGAGAGGGAACCUCAUGGGAGGCUGGAAGUACUCCACGUUCUCGGGCUUCUUGGUUUUUCCUCUAUAAACACAGAGUCCCCAGUCCGUGGGGAAGUUGCGAUCUGGACACCGGACUCCGCCCUUCCUCAACACCCUGAACUUGCCAGAAUAGGACCACUAAUUUCCCACCUCCAUCCGACGGUUGAAGUAGAAGAAUGAUUUCCUUCCAAAUCUCCAGUAUUUUCUUUGACUAUAGACCAUUCCUUGGGAACCUGGCUUCUAAUUAGUUUUAGACGACAAGGUCUGAAGGAGAAAUGAAAUUAUCGAUUUGAGCGAUUUGUACCUGUGAUUGUAAAGUCAAUAUUGGAUCUUAUUGUGGGGACCGUUGGCUUUUCUUCUUUUGUUUGUUCCUUGUAUCGUUGCCCCCACGCGAGGAGUGCCGCUGACCCCAGGAUGGAUGGCAGGUCGCAGGCAGCGCUCAGAGAGGAGCCCUGCAAAUCACCACCCGCUGGAGAGUCCUUGACAUGGGUUCUUUGUGUGUCUGUUCAGCCUUAAGAAAAAGAAUGGCUUCACUUUCAUUUUGUAUUUUCCCCUGGGUGGACGGGAGGCCUCGGGAGGGGGAAGGGGACGUUGUGAAUCUGUCAAGAAGUGCUUUAUCCGGAGAAGCAAAUUUUGCACGAUUGGACUGCGACUUUUGCUUUGUGUUUUGUGUGUGUGUGUGUGUGUGUGUGUGUGUGUGCGUUUUGUGUUUUUUUUCCCCCCUGGAAAAGUUUUACUUUUCUUUCUACAUUCAGCUCUCCCUCCUUACCCUGACUCCAUUUUUUUUUUUUUUUUUUUUUUUUUUUUUUUUUGUGCUGGGAUUGGGGAGAGAAAUGUAUGUUGAAUUCUUGAACAAGACCAAACAAAACAACACAAAGCAUACCUAUGUAUUUUGGUUGAGACCAAACCGAGCAGAAGGUACGUGUAUAUCAAAGUACAAAUAACAGAUGGACAAUUCUGUUUCUUCUUUCCAAGAGAUUCUCUCAGAUGCACCUUUAGAACUAACAAGUUGGGAUUUUCUUGUUUCUUGUAUCUUUUUCUUUUUCUUCUUCUUCUUUUUUUUUUUUUUUUUUUUUAACGCUCUGGAAUACUUUAAACACUCGAUGCUCCUGGGUGGUCUGAAUCAUGUCAGAUGAGGACAGAACCUGGAAUGACCAAGUCUCCUGCACACAUGCUUCCAUGGCCCAGUGUGCCUGGGUCUUCCCAGCAGCCCGUCCUCAUCUAUCUACAUCUGCGUCUGCGUCUGCGCGGGCACCCCAGCCUCAGGUGCUCCAAAGCCAACAGGAUGAGUUAGUCUCCCUCAGGAUCCUCCUCUGAUCUGCGAAGGAAAGAGGCGUGUUCACACUCCCUGCAAGCCACCUACAAGUCACAGCGCUGACAGGUAUUGGCAGAGGCACCCUGUGAGCAGUGGUGCAAAUCCUUCUUGUCUUGGCCCCUUGUACAACAGUAGGAUCACAAUGCAGCUGGGAGCCGAUGGGUGCAGGAGUCCUAUGCCAAGGAAACGUUACUAAAUCCCAAAGCAAUCGAAGAAGAGACCUCACAGCGGAUGUUAAUUUGUCCUUUGUGUCACAAUGUAACCAAAAUAUUGAUGAUAAAAAGUCAUAAUUUAAGAUUCAGAAUAAAUGGGUUUGAUGUCUGACUUGUUCUUCUCCCUUCACAUCGUCUCCCAACUCCUACAAGGUGUGGAAGUAAAAGGCCAAGGACCAAGGACUCGGGGAAAGGAGAUCCACACCGUGCCUCUUGAAAACAUACACUCAGAUGCACACUCCUGUUUGCAGACCUAGGGAUGGGUCUAGGUGGAAAUUGCACACUUAAAUACACUUCAAUUUAUAAAUGUAUAUAUAUAUAUAUGUAUUUUUCACAUGAAAAGAUUUUGGGGGUAGAUAUGUGGAAAGGACAGCAUUAAAAAUGCUUUAUGGAUAGGUAAUCUGCUUUCAUCACAUACAGUCAUUGAUGUGGUACAAGUUCCAACCAAUAUUUCAAUCAGAGAACAUGGAUAUAAAAGAAACUGACAUUUCAAUAUAGCAUCAAUUUUUUCUAAGACGCGUUAGCAUGGGGCAGCAUUGGUUUCUGUUUUCAUAUAAGAAACUCAGUAAGGAUCAUAGAAGUGAAAAAAAAAAUCCAGUUUGAUGAAGAGUCUAAGUGUUACUGGCCUUAGGUGGACACCAUAAUAAGAUACAGAAUUUAAUUUGACUUAAAAUGAUGUUAUAUUUUGUUAAGAAAAGAAAAAUCAAGAAACAUCAACCAAAAUGAAUUUGGGUAUUUUGCCUCUGUGAUUAGGAGACACACUUCUAAGUAUGAGCAUUGCUCGUUAACGCUGAUAAUGCAAAGAGUAGGAUGCUAGCAAAUGUUUUUCUUCUGUGUUUUACUGCCCUUAGUGAAUUAGUCCUCUGUCCCUCAUCUUUUAAACCUUCCGUUCAAUUUCAAACAAGCGGAAAGCUUCAUUAGGGGACAGUAUCGCCCUUUCAGAGGUUGAAAAAUAGAUGCAUACGCGUUAUUUUUCUCGCUUACUACUAUGUAAUGCACAUAUUUGCUUGUAUUUACAGCUUUACUACGUACAGGUUGUUAUUUGGUUAUGCUGUCUAAUAAAUAAGUUAUUAAAUUGAUCAGUCUAAAAA